AUGAAGCUCUCACUGAUCAAUAUAGUAGCACUUGUUGCCUUAGUUGGCACAAGUAAUGGAUUAAGUAUACCUGCUCCUUUUAGUGAAUUACAACAGACCUUGAAGUUUGACUUCAACUUCGAGAAAUUAAGUGAUAAAUUAGCAGAUAAAGUCGCUGCUACCCAAAACAAUGUUAUUGGAGCCAUUUCUAAGUAUCUUAAUGAGCCUCUUGAGAAGGUUCCCCAGGCAACUAAGAGCUUAUGGCUGGACAUGAUGUUACAAUUCCCUGAGGCAGUUAGCCGUUUAAGCUUCAAGUCUCAACCAAAGAAGUUCACACAGAAGUCAAAAGAUGCUUUUGAUUACCUUGUGAUGGAUGCAAAGGUUCCCGGUCAUCAAUUGAGGGUCAAGAGCACUCCUGAGGACUUAGGAAUUGAUAAAGUUAAGCAGUAUACUGGUUAUUUGGAUGUAGAGGAGGAGGACAAACAUUUCUUCUACUGGUUUUUUGAAUCCAGAAACGAUCCUAAAAAUGACCCCGUCAUCUUAUGGUUAAAUGGGGGUCCUGGUUGUUCAUCAUUGACCGGUUUGUUUUUCGAAUUGGGACCUGCUUCUAUUGGGAAGGAUAUUAAACCAAUAUCGAAUCCUUAUAGUUGGAACAACAAUGCUUCUGUCAUUUUCUUAGAUCAACCAGUUAAUGUUGGUUACUCUUAUUCAUCUGAAUCAGUUUCUAAUACCGUUACAGCUGGACAAGAUGUCUAUGCAUUUUUGGAAUUGUUCUUUAAACAAUUCCCUGAAUACAAGAAACCAGAUUUCCAUAUUGCUGGUGAGUCUUAUGCUGGUCACUAUAUUCCAGUUUUUGCUACUGAAAUCUUAAGUCAUGAAGAUAGAUCCUUCAAUUUGACUUCCGUAUUGAUUGGAAAUGGUUUGACUGAUCCUUUGACUCAAUAUAAAUAUUACCAGCCAAUGGCAUGUGGUUUAGGAGGAGAGCCAUCAGUUUUGGAGCCGGAGGAGUGUGACAACAUGGCUGAUACUAUUCCAAGAUGCUUAUCAUUAAUUGAAAGCUGCUAUGAUAGCGGUUCUGUGUGGUCUUGUGUCCCUGCAACCAUCUAUUGUAACAAUGCUCAAAUGGGACCAUACCAAAAAACUGGAAGAAAUGUUUAUGAUAUCCGUGAAAUGUGUGAAGGUGGUACUCUUUGUUACAAAGGGCUUGAGUAUAUUGAUGAAUACUUAAACAAAGAAGAAGUAAAAACAGCUCUUGGGGCUGAAGUCGAUAAGUAUGAAUCGUGCAACUUUGACAUCAAUAGGAACUUCUUAUUUGCUGGUGACUGGAUGAAACCUUUCCAUAAGGCUGUCACUGAUUUGUUAGAGCUGGGUCUUCCUGUUUUGAUCUACGCGGGAGAUAAAGAUUUCAUAUGUAAUUGGUUAGGUAACCAAGCAUGGACAAAUGAGCUCGAAUGGUCAGGAAAGAAGCAGUUUAACAAACAGCCAGUUAAAGAUUGGACUGUCGGUAAGACUAGCGCUGGAAAGGUGAAGAACUUUGAGAACUUUACUUUCUUGAGAGUUUUUGGCGGGGGACAUAUGGUUCCAUAUGACCAGCCAGAGAAUGGAUUAGCAAUGGUCAAUUCCUGGAUUAAAGGAGACUAUGCUUUUUGA